AUGGCGGAAUCCACGAUUAAUUCCGGCAAACGUCUCCCAGAUCCAAUACAGAUAAGGAAAAGCCCUGUGUUGUUGGAAGGUUGCCAAAAGAGUCGCUAUGUAUUUGCUAAGGGCCCGCCACUCUCGUCGACCGAUUCAUAUUCGAUGUCUUUUGAUAGAAGUACAAGCAGCUUGGAUGAUUUUUCCAACUUUUUGAGUACGCAAUACCUGGUAUUUCCCGUGCAAAACAAAAACAAGGAGCCAAUGCUUAUCAAAUUUCCGGAGGACCUGAUCGAAGAAGAUCAUUUCAAGGAAGGCUCAGUCUGGGGAUCCGACACUUCCUUAGAAGAAGAAGCGGAAAUCGCAAACCACAUAAGUGGGGGAAUUGAUCAAACACUUGUGCUCGAUGGGGACGACUCGCCAAUCCAAAGUCCAGCGCCUUACCUUGACAGUCUUGCU